GCGUUGCGCCAGAGACGAGAAGCUUGGCAGGCUGGCCCCAUUAAUUAACUUAACCUAUAUUAACCGCAGCCCCCGGCAACAAGGCGCUGGCUGGAAGUUGAUUGGAAGUUGGUCUCGUUGAUUGCCUGCCACUUUCUCUGUUGAUUUGGAUGGCGUUUUCCAGGAACUUGGGUUAUUGGGGCGAGGCAGGUGGGCUGAUUUCAAUAUUGCGGUUGCAGGUAAGUAAAAACAAGACCAAUUUAUAUGUGGGAUGCGUGGUCGGUCUCUGUUCCCGUCCGACGCUUAGCGAGACUCCACCGACCUUGGUAGACAGACUCGGGGCAGGCAGGGCCUCACCGGAAAUUCUCACCACACGAAGGCGCAACAUCCCGGAGACUGUGUGUGGUUAUACCGUACUUGGUCUCCUUUUUGGCCAGUUGGUCCUUCCCACCGACGCCGAAUCCUCUACCGGAGGCAGCACCAGCUGGUCAGCGGCAGGACGUAUCCUGACUUUCCCUUUAGGGCAAAUGAGGCGUCCAAACAAAGUCGAGGAGGUCCUAGGGCGCAUUCCUCUUCCCCACACGUCCUAUGCAACAAUACGGCAUUCGCAUAUUAACUCCCCACCCGUUCUUCGCUCGUCACAACCGUGAAAGUCUGCAUGCGGUAUGCCGCGGGUUAUCCUUGCGUUCUUGCUUGCUUGUGUGUGAGUAGUAUACCCGUGUGCCGGAACGCCGCCAUGAUCACCCUCGCCGACUGUGAGGGUCGUUCAGAGCUUUCAGCACGCCUGGUA